CGCAGCACUGACCGUUAUUCACAGACUGUUUUACAGCAAAGUGAGAAAGGAAAAAAGGAAAAGGAGAAUAUAACAUGAUGUUUAAAUCCUGACUUUAAAAACAUAUAAAACAUUCGCAUGGAUUGGGCGAUCUAUUCGGAGUGCUAAUAGGAUACGAUGAGAGUCGUCUUGGUUACUGUCAUUCUAGACAUGGCUCUUAGUCGCGGUAUGGCACCUUUCUCUCAGUUUCUCGGGAAGUGUUUCCCCUGUCAGUCCUUCACCGCUACUGGAAAUGGCGUUGAGAUGAAGCUGAACAAGGAAGACGCAGUAAAAGCAGACGCUGCCAGGGAAUAAACUACUACUACUACUACUAUAUGAUUACCUGUGCUUUUCUUUGGGUUGGAUUCAUAGUAGCGGUGGACAAUACCAUGGUGAAUUACCAGAAAUAUAUUACUGUUAUGCAGCUGGCUCUGGGGGUGACCUCCUACAACAAAGAACAUCAUCUUCCUCCCAGGAAAUCGUUGUGGAUUCACCCCAGCCUCCUCCACCCCGGCAACCUCCCACACGGCAGAGCCAGCCGGGGUCAAGGUCAAGGUCAAGGACACGGGCUAGGACACGGGAGCGGCUUGAUCUCUGCAUCAUCGUCUGUGAGCAGCAUACAUCAGGCUCAGCCUUCGCUACGCAAGAUCAAAGGGCGUAUCCAAAGGAGCAAGAGCCUGGACAGCAUCGACCUGCUGGACUCCAACAGCGCAGCAAUGGAGGAGACAGUCAUAUGGGAGCAGCACACAGUAGCUCUACACAGAGCACCAGGGUUUGGCUUUGGGAUAGCCAUCUCAGGAGGUCGGGAUAACCCUCAUUUUCAGAGUGGUGAGACCUCCAUCGUCAUCUCAGACGUCUUGAAGGGAGGUCCAGCUGAGGGCCUACUGCAGGAGAAUGACAGAGUCACGAUGGUCAACACCGUCUCCAUGGACAACGUGGAACACGCAUACGCAGUCCAGCAGCUACGGAAAAGUGGCAAGAGUGCAAAGAUUACGAUCAGACGGAAGCGGAAGGUGCAUGUGCCCAUGGGUCGUCUUGGGGAGAGGGAGACCAUGUCGGAGCAUGAGGAGGACGAGGAGGACAGUUACGACGAAGAGAUAUACGAGACGCGUUCCACACGCAGCGGCCCCAGCGCCUACAGCGGCGUGGGAGGGGCCUCGGCCCGGCGCAGCGGGAGAAGCACGGGAAGGCGGGACCGGGACAGAGAGCGGGAACGCAGCGGCUCACGGGAAAGGAGUCUCUCCCCACGCUCUGACCGGCGCUCACUCAACCAGCCCCCGCGGCCCGCCAAAGUCACCCUCGUCAAGUCCCGCAAGAAUGAAGCAGAAUAUGGCCUUCGCCUGGCCAGCCACAUCUUCGUGAAGGACAUCUCCCCCGAGAGCCUGGCGGCAAGAGAUGGAAACAUACAAGAGGGAGACGUAGUACUGAAGAUCAAUGGCACGGUGACAGAGAACCUGUCGUUGAUAGACGCUAAGAAGCUGAUUGAGAGGUCAAAGGGCAAACUAAAGAUGGUGGUGCAGAGAGACGAGAGAGCUACGCUGCUGAACAUACCAGACCUGGACGACAGCGUCCCAUCAGCCAACGCCUCCGACAGAGACGACAUUUCAGACAUCCAUUCGGUGGCGUCCGACCACUCCAACCGAUCCCACGACAGACAUCGUAGCGGCCGGUCCCGCUCCCCUGACAAGCGGUCCGACCACUCCAGACACUCCCCUCCACAGAUCACCAACGGAAGAAGUCGUGAGGAGGAGAGGAUCUUGAAGCCGACAGCGGUACCAGCCAAGUUAACAGAGGAAGUUCCUGCCCUGCCAAAACCCCUGGAGCAGCCGGUCACCAGGGAGGAGAAACAGUUACCACCUCUACCAGAACCCAAGCCAGUAUAUGCCCAGCCAGGCCAGCCUGAUGUGGACCUGCCAGUCAGCCCCUCUGAUGCCCCUGUGCCCAGCGCUGCCCACGAUGACAGUAUCCUACGGCCGAGUAUGAAGCUGGUGAAGUUUAAGAAGGGGGAGAGUGUGGGUCUGAGGCUGGCCGGGGGGAACGACGUGGGCAUCUUCGUAGCAGGAGUCCUGGAGGACAGCCCAGCAGCUAAGGAGGGUCUGGAGGAGGGGGACCAAAUUCUCAGGGUUAAUAAUGUCGAUUUUGCUAAUAUAAUCCGAGAAGAGGCGGUGCUGUUCCUCCUUGACCUCCCUAAAGGUGAAGAGGUCACCAUCCUGGCCCAGAAGAAGAAGGAUGUGUACCGGCGGAUCGUGGAGUCUGAUGUGGGCGACUCGUUCUACAUCCGGACCCACUUUGAGUAUGAGAAGGAGUCUCCGUACGGCCUGAGCUUCAACAAAGGAGAGGUGUUCAGAGUGGUGGACACCCUGUACAACGGCAAGCUGGGCUCCUGGCUGGCCAUCCGCAUCGGCAAGAACCAUCAGGAAGUGGAGAGAGGCAUCAUACCUAACAAGAACAGAGCGGAGCAGCUGUCCAGCGUGCAGUACAGCCUCCCCAAGACGGCUGGGGGCGACAGGGCAGACUUCUGGAGGUUCAGGGGCCUGAGGAGCUCCAAGAGGAACCUGAGGAAGAGCAGAGAGGACCUGUCGGCCCAGCCCGUCCAGUCCAAGUUCCCCGCAUACGAGAGGGUGGUGCUUAGAGAAGCUGGUUUCCUGAGGCCUGUGGUGAUAUUUGGACCCAUCGCUGACGUGGCACGAGAGAAACUCUCUCGAGAGGAGCCCGACCUGUUCGAGCUCGCAAAGAGUGAACCUCGAGACGCGGGGAAAGACCAGCGUAGUUCAGGAAUCAUCCGUCUCCACACCAUCAAACAGAUCAUCGACAGAGACAAACAUGCAGUGCUGGACAUCACCCCCAAUGCAGUAGACCGUCUGAACUACGCCCAGUGGUACCCCAUCGUAGUGUUCUUGAACCCAGACAACAAACAAGGGGUCAAGAACAUGAGAACCAGGCUCUGUUCCGAGUCCAGGAAGUCCGCCCGGAAACUCUACGAGAGAGCCCUGAAAUUAAGGAAGAACAACCACCACCUCUUCACCACCACCAUCAACAUGAACAACAUGAACGAUGGCUGGUACGGAGCUCUGAAGGAGACUAUCCAGCAGCAACAGAACCAGUUGGUCUGGGUGUCAGAGGGCAAGGCGGACGGCGCGCCGGACGAUGACCUGGACAUCCAUGAUGACCGUCUGUCAUACCUGUCAGCCCCAGGCAGUGAAUACUCCAUGUACAGCACGGACAGCCGCCACACCUCUGACUACGAGGACACGGACACAGAGGGCGGGGCCUACACCGACCAGGAAUUAGACGAGACUCUCAAUGACGAGGUUGGUCUUCCCACGGAGCCAGCUAUCACCCGCUCCUCAGAGCCGGUCAGAGAGGACCCGCCCGUCAUCCAGGACCCCUCGACUGGCGGUUACCCUGGAUACCAGCACGUUGCCGUGACUCCGCCCGACCCGGCCAACCGCAUCGACCCGUCCGGGUUCAAAAUGGCCGCCGCUCCUCAUCAGAUGUACAAGAAGGAUCUGUACAGUCUGGAGGAACCAGUGAGAGUGAACCACAGCGGCAUGAAGUCUUCUCUGAGCUACACCCACCAGCCCUACCAGGACCAACAGCCACACCGCCAGUACGACCACCCGCCUUACGGCUACUGUAGCGACGGGGGGGGCUACGCCGAACCAAAGCAGCCUCCCCAGGGGAACUUUGACCCUCACACUCCUCACCUGCACUACAACAACCGUGUGCCUCAACACUUCGACGACGGCCAGUGGCCCCCCUACGACCAGCAGACCUCUUCUCCCCAGCCCCCGGGGUACCAGCCUGGCCCGGGCCACCAGCAGGGCUACACUCCCAGGGGGACCACCCCCUACGAGGACGGCCCAGUCAGGGACUACAGCCCCCCCCAGCCCUGCUAUGAUGAGGCACCGGCGGGGAUGCAGGGCUACGACGGCAGGCCUCGUCACGUUAAAACUCCAGGGCCUAUGCGGUACGAUGAACCGCCUCCCCCGCCCUCGGCUGGCCCUUACGAUGCUCGCUCCCCUUACGAGUCAGAGUCCCCUCACUGCUACCCCGUAAGCUCGCCCCGCUCCCCAGACCCCCCCAAGCAGUAUUACGGAGACUCUGCUCCUGGCCUGAGACCCUCCUAUAACCCAGGACCUCCCAGCCGGGGCGGUGGCUACCACCGUGAACCUCUAAUGACCUCUGACCCGCCCCUGCCCCCUCCCAAACCCGAACCCUUGGCCUCCCCAGGAGAGAUGGGAGUAAACGCGGGGUCCAAGCCCCCGGGGGAGGAGGAAAGGGACGACCCGGCCAUGAAGCCCCAAUCGGUGCUCAACAGGGUCAAGAUGUUUGAGAAUAAAAGGUCGUUGUCUGUUGACCGGGCCAAGGAGGCUGACGACUCUACCGUGACGAGGCCUGCAGACCUGCCCAGACCUGUGACUGCACCUGGGCCUGUCCCCAAAGCCAACUCCCUCAGCAACCUGGAGCAGGGGAAGGCUACUUACAGAGCCCCCGAGUCCCAGAAUCCCCCUGGGGCUAAACCCCUGGACAACUGCGAUGCUGACGAAGAUGAGGAGUACUACAGGAAACAGCUGUCCUACUUUGACCGACGGAGCUUCGACAGCAAGGCCAUGAACCCCAGCCCUGGCGUCAACCGCUUCCCACCACAGACCCAGCUGGCUUACCCUUACAACAGGGCCGAGUCUGUGGAGAAGGUGAGUCCGGUAGAGAAGAGGUACGAGCCCCUCCCCCAGAUCAGCCCUGUGUCUCAGUACGGACCACCCAGCCCUGCUGUACCACCCAACAGCCUGCCCAAACUCAUCCCCAACGACGUGAACUCUCACCCCGACCAGCUCCUCAGCUCCUCUCCAAAACUUGACCUCUCUGGUCUCCGCCCCCCUGUCCCCCAGGACCCCCCUUCCCAGCCCUACCUGGCCCAGAGGUCCCCAGUGGGGGUCAACGGCACUGACGCACCCCCCAAAACCCCUGGAACCACCCCCACCCCACAAAGCUACAACCGAUACGUCCCUAAGCCGUACACCUCCUCAGCCCGGCCCUUUGAGAGGAAGUUUGAAAGCCCCAAGUUCAACCACAACCUCCUCCCCAACGACAGUGGGAAGACAGACCUCCCGAUCAGUAGCAGCAACCCUAAACCCAGUGUGGUCAACAACAACAGCAGGACCAAGCCUCCGCUGUCUCCUCAGGCCCUGGACCACGACAGUGGCCUGGACACGUUCACACGCACCAUGGACAACAGGGGGCCCAAGUACCAGCAGCACAACAACUUAGUCAACAAUGCUGUGUCCAAGGCCAUACCUGUCAGCCCCAGUGCUCUGGAGGAUGACGAGGAGGACGAAGGUCACACAGUGGUGGCCACGGCCCGGGGGAUCUUCAACUGUAACGGCGGGGUGCUGAGCUCCAUCGAGACGGGAGUCAGCAUCAUCAUCCCACAGGGAGCCAUCCCCGACAGCAUAGAACAGGAGAUCUACUUUAAGGUCUGUCGGGACAACAGCAUCCUGCCCCCGCUGGACAAGGAGAAAGGAGAGACCCUGCUCAGCCCUCUGGUGAUGUGUGGGCCUCACGGUCUUCAGUUCCUGAAGCCGGUGGAACUGCGUCUACCUCACUGUGCGUCUAUGACCCCAGAUGGUGACCCCAAGACAUGGCAGAACAAGUCUCUUCCAGGAGACCCCAACUACCUGGUGGGAGCCAACUGUGUGUCUGUGCUCAUCGAUCACUUCUGAACAUAGAGGGAGACAGCUGGCCUGUUACUGAAUGUGUUAGAUCAAGGGACAGCCACAGACAGAAACGUUACCCCCACUCUCCUGCUGUUGUGACCCCUUUGCCCUGUUGUCUCCCUCCCAGGCAGCAGGAGGCAGCACUGCUUGACUUGAUGAAGUACGAACUUUUAUUCUUGAAUAUAUUCUUAUGUUCUUGAACUUGAAUAUUGAACAUUAAGUUGUUUAUUGUGACCGCCCCUGGGGAAAGUAGGAGGAGUCCCAGUGAAGUGGGAGGAGUCUCAACACAGCAUCCUAUCCCAGCGCGGUGCUCUCCUUUUCCCACCCACCUUUUUUUUUUUUUUUUUUUUUUUUGGUGCUUUAACUAAAGGCUUGCAAAAAAUCUAAAACUGUUAAAAACAAAAAUAUAUAAUAAAAAUGGAACUGUUGUUGGAAUGCAUGACCAGUGCCACAGACUGACUGAAUAACAAUCUAAUUAAGAUUUUUUUCAAAUUUUUAGCAGGUUGCAAGACAGAGGAACAUUUAAAAAAAAUAAAAAAUCAAGAUGAGAAUCAUUUUUUAAAAUUAAUUGAAUAUUGCAACGGAAAUUUUUACAACUUACUGUAUGCACUCACAAACAGAAAAGUUGGUAUAUGCAAAAGCUUUUUUUGUUUGUGAGGUUGUUUGUGGUCAUGCGUUUCGCUCUUAAGGAUAUCUGAAGACUUGCAGCUGAGCCUCGAUCAAGGGUUACCUUGAUACUGUAGGCAUCAUUUAAAACACGACACCGUUUUGAAGGUAAUACUGAAGACUGAAGUUAAUGUAUUGGCAUUGGGAUGCCCCCAGUUGAUUGGUCUGUCCAUCUUUAGAAGAACUACUGAAUGUUUUACCAUAAAAUAAAAUGUCACUGACUUGAUUUGACAAACUCCUGCAGCUGUCUAGAGAUCUAUGCAUGUGCUUCACUCAGGUCCGGAAGCCUGCUACUACUAAGUUCAAACACAUUAAAAGUCCCAUCAUGCACUGCAAGCAGUGAUGCCUUAUCUGCAUUUUAACUAAAAAACAUCAGAUCUUUACGUUUUUAGUGAUUUAAAAAAUUAUGGGGGGAAAAAAACAAACAGAAAAUAACAAAAUUGGAACAAAAGAAAUGGAAUUUCACUGCAUUUUGCACUUGGAUUAACUAUAAUAUGAGACUGAUGAAGAGGUCAUGCUUUCGUUUCCUGCUAUGCAUAUUGAAGUUUCAGAGGAAAUACUACAAAUGAACAACAACUAGAACGUUUAAAUUGUGGCUGUAUAUAAUGCUAGCAUAUGGCCUUGGUUCGCUUUAAAUUAACUUUUGUACAUCUUUGUCAUUUUGUAUAAAAAGAGGUUAAAAAAAAUAAUUGUUUAUUAAAAAAAAAAAAAAAAAAAAGAGUGAUUUCAUUGGUUGUGUUUGUAUUCUGGUUAUACUUACCCUGGAGCCUUGGAACUGACCUAAGCAGUAAUAAAAUACUACUUUUCUACCAACAUACAUACACACACACACACACACCACUAGUAUUUAAAGGCAUUUUUAACAGUCAAAUAACUUGUUAUUC